AUGGCUUACCCUUUCCAACUAGGCUUCCAAGACGCCACUUCACCCAUCAUAGAAGAACUCCUACACUUUCACGAUCACACCUUAAUAAUCGUAUUCUUAAUCAGCUCUUUAGUGUUAUAUAUCAUUUCACUCAUACUAACAACAAAACUGACACACACUAGCACAAUGGAUGCCCAAGAAGUAGAAACAAUUUGAACAAUCCUACCCGCUAUUAUUCUAAUUCUUAUUGCCCUUCCAUCAUUACGAAUCCUUUAUAUAAUAGACGAAAUUAAUAACCCAGCCUUAACCGUAAAAACCAUAGGACAUCAAUGAUACUGAAGCUACGAGUAUACAGACUAUGAAGACCUCACCUUUGACUCAUAUAUAAUCCCCACAUCAGAUCUUAAACCUGGAGAAAUACGACUACUAGAAGUAGACAAUCGAGUUGUUCUACCAAUAGAAAUAACAAUCCGAAUAUUAGUAUCCUCUGAAGACGUACUGCACUCAUGAGCCGUCCCAUCCCUCGGUUUAAAAACAGAUGCUAUCCCAGGACGACUAAACCAAACAACUCUAAUAUCCACACGACCUGGCCUUUAUUACGGACAGUGCUCAGAAAUCUGUGGAUCAAACCACAGCUUCAUGCCCAUUGUACUUGAACUUGUCCCAUUAAAGUACUUCGAAAAAUGGUCAACAUCAAUAUUAACAGGUU